AAUCCGACCUUCUCCGGUCCACGACGACGAUGUCACUCGCGGUGAUCCUAAACCGCGUCAACACCAAAACCCAACUCCCUCUCCUCCUCCGAUCCCUGCUCACAUCUUCUUCUCUCCAUUCCCUCUCCAGUUCCGACGGACCCAUCUCCUCUUCUGACGACCCCAUCCUCCCUUCCCUCCUCAAUCUCAUCACCACCUCCAAAACCCACCCCCGGCCUCAAAACCAAGCCCUGGCCCUCCUCCGGUCCUCCCCCUUCGAACCGACGAAGGGUUUGGUCUGCUCCGCGCUGUGGGAGCUGAGGUCGGAUUGGGAGUCGGCGGUUUCGGUCUUCAAAUGGGCGAGGGGUUCUGUCGAGGACUGGCCCGAGGCGUGGGAGCUGAUGGUUUGGGUGCUGGGGAAUGAGAGGAGGUUUGAUUUGGCUUGGGGUCUGGUGCGUAGGAUGCAUAGGAAGUCGCUGCUGACCGCGGAGACUAUGGUGGUUUUGAUGGGGAGGUAUGCAGCUGCAAAUGAAGUGAGCAAGGCAAUUAAAACAUUCCAUGCCAUGGAAAAGUUCAAAAUAGAUGCAGAUUCGGCAACAUUUUACGCCCUCCUUCACGCUCUUUGCAAAAAUAAGAAUGUGGAAGAGGCUGAGGAAUUGCUUCUAUUAAACCGGAAAUUUUUUCCACUUGAAACCGAGGGCUUCAACAUAAUCUUAAAUGGCUGGUGCAAUAUCAUCGUUGACUUGGUGGAAGCCAAGAGAGUGUGGAGGGAAAUGUCAAAUUGCUGCAUUAUCCCAGAUGGUACUUCUUAUUCCCAUAUGAUUUGUUGCUACUCAAAGGUUGGUAAUCUUAUUGAUUCCCUUAGGCUUUAUGAUCAAAUGAAGAAGAGAGGUUGGGUUCCCGGCCUUGUUAUCUAUAAUUCUCUCAUUUAUGGAUUAAUGAGAGAGAAUUGCUUCAAAGAAGCACGAAAGACUUUUGAUAAAAUUUUAGAGGCAGGUCUGAAGCCAGAUAUUGAAACAUACAACUCCAUGAUAUAUCCUCUAUGUGAAGCUCGAAAGGUGGAGGAAGCACGGGACGUAUUUGAUGACAUGAUCAAGAAUGGUAUUGAUCCAACAAUAGAAACUUACCAUGCUUAUGCUAAAGUAGAAGACUUUGAAGGAACAUUGGAACUACUCAAGAAAAUGAACGAGGUUGGUUAUGGCCCAGAUAGUUAUACUUUUCUUCUAAUUUUUGAUAAGUUCUUUAGAUUGGGGGAAUCUGAAAGUGCAUUGAAAAUUUGGAGUGAAAUGAGCACGUACAACGUCUUUCCUGACUCUUCACAUUACACGAAAGUGGUUCAAGGUUUGGUAACACAAGGAUGGAUUCCGAAAGCUAUGGAGUUCUAUAAUGAAAUGAAAUCAAAAGGGUUACCUGGUGAUCCUAAACUCGAGAAGAUCUUUGAGACAUUUAUAGCGAGCAGCAAGAACCAUUGGGGCAGAGGCAAGGACUUUAUUGUCAAACCUUGUGGACAACAAAAUGCUCGUGGAGCUAAAGAUGUAAAAAUUCAUGAAGAACUUGGGAAAAUGAUAUUUUGAUCUGAAGGACAUAACAGAAGCAGAACAGUUAUGUAGUAGCUUUUAUAACACGAGUCACCUGCAUGAAAUCCUAUUCUGAAGCAGAUGAUGAUGUCACAUUGCGACUUGGCAAGUGGAAACUUUGGAUGGCAACAAGCAUGCUAUUCAUAGUUUUCAUAAAUGGAAAAUGUCUCGGUAUACAUUGUCAAGAUUAUAAUUUUCCUGUUACUCGAUUACCAUUCUCAAAGCAGAAGAGCAAAAAUAUCCAGGAUUACUGGAACGUGAGCAGUCUCCUUGAUUGACAGGGAAUAACCCGGUAAAUAUUGACAUGAAGGUGGGAAACCUGAAUUCUGAGUCGAGCUUCGGGCAAAACGUAAAAAAUAUAAAGUUGAAGGGUUAGAAAAAAAUUUCUGGGGAUCCCUAUUUUUCAUGGCGUACAACCUGAUGAAGGCAACAGCUCCAGUUUCCACUUCCAUUUCUGGCUUUCAUUACGGUGGAAACUGUAAUUAUCAGCAAACAAUUUGUUGCAGUGUUGCCUGUACCAAAAAUAUGGGGGAUUUUCUUUUACAAGAGAAGUUAAAUUUAUGAGGUUAAUGGGUCUCAUAUGUCAUAUAAGUGUUUCUUUCUUCUUCUUUGUUCACUUGGUGGAGAUUAUGCCGUAUUAUUGUUAUGUGAGGAAAACCUUAAAUCCCUCGUAUGACGAGGAUAUACAUUAUCCUCUAAGUUUAUUGUAGACUU